AUGAACAAAAUACCAACACAAGUCCACCCGCGCACGGCGUACAGUGUCAAGGGCAAGGUUGCCAUUGUGACGGGCGCUGGGUCCGGCAUCAGCCACGCCCUGACCAAGAUCCUGCUGCAGGAGGGCUGCUCGGUCGUCAUGGCCGACCUGACUCUGCGACCAGAGGCAAAGCAGACACUAGAAGAGGCCAGCACCGUGUCUGGAGUCAAUGGCAAGGCGUCAGCCAUAUUCCAGCAGACCGAUGUAUCGGACUGGGCGCAGCUUCAGACCCUGUUCGACAAGGCGAUCGAGACAUACGGCACUGUCAAUAUCAUCGUCAACGGCGCCGCCAUCUACGAGCCGCCCUCGAGCACCUUCUGGCAGCCCCCCGGCGUGUCUCCCGCCGCAAAGGACAAGGUUGACUGCAGUCCCGGCGUGUACCAGACCUAUGCCGUCAACGCCAUGGGGCCCAUCCGGCUGGCGCAGAUUGCCCUCAACUACUGGUUCUAUCACCCAGACGCCGAGAUGAACUUUGACGGAAACUUGGUCUGGUUGUCGAGCGUCUGCGGAUACGUCCACCUGAUGCAGUCGCCACUGUACUUUAGUAGCAAGGCAGCCAUCAAUAGCAUGGUCAAGUGCCUCAGCCCGCUGAGGGGGAUGUUUGGCAUCCGCAACGCUGCUGUUUGCCCGGGACCGGUCAAGGCGAGUUUCCACCAGCCUUGUCUCUCUCGUUACAUAACGCCGAUCUUCGAUGCCGAUUACUGCAAAGGCCAGCUUCUGCCCACAGACAUCGGUCUUACCGCCGAACAAGCCGCCGAGGAAACAUUCAAGGUCAUGACAGAGCCGCAGUUCGGCGACGGGAACAUCGUCGAGGUUGUGGCAGCACCGGGAGAAUCGACCGAGCAGCCCGUCACUGUUCGUGUCCGCGAGACUCCCCUGGAGGCGCUCUACCCAAGUCCUCCGCUGGAAGGGAACCACUUCAUGGAGGAAGAGCAAAAGUUUAUCGAGAUGCUGAAGACGCUGGUAUAUGUUGGAUAG